CAAUGUGUCCGACACCACUUGUAGCUAACGUCAAGUCAUAGCGGAAGUGGCUCUCUGAUUCAAGAGGUUAAGGGGGCUGCUUGAUAGAAAUGGCAGCGAUAAAAGGCCUGGGUAGAAAUAUCCCCUAUCUGAGGCAACAAUUCGCUGCCCUAUUAGGAAACACUAGUACAAGUGUGAAAUUCAUAUGCAUCGUUGUCCUAUUUUCUUAUUGCCUUUCAUUCUCCACGGAAGCAAUCCGUGUUUUAAGUGUGACACCAGGUUACCUACUGCCUCCAGUUUUUUGGAUAUGGACAGCAUUUACCUUCUGUUUUCUCGAGAUACACUUCUGGGAAGUAUGUGUGGACAUUGUUACAGUAGGGCUGUGCGGGAAACUGAUCGAACCUCUUUGGGGUGCGAUGGAAAUGAUGACUUUCUUCGCUAUUGUUAAUUUUGGCGUCGCUGUUUUGUCAGCUUUAUUUUAUUUAUUUCUUUAUAUGUGUACCAAUGAUCCAGAUUUAUUAUUUGAUAUACACAUCCAUGGAUUGACUGGAUACAUCGCAGGUGUUGCUGUAGCUGUAAAACAAAUAAUGCCAGAUCAUAUUUUACUUAAAACACCAAUUGGAAAAAACAAUAGAAAUAUACCAUUAAUGGUCUGGGUGAUGGGAGUGAUAUUAUGGCUUUUUGGAUUAUUAGAAGGUACUCAUCCAACUAUGUUUCUCAGCGGGUUAUUGAUAUCAUGGGUAUACCUCAGAUUUUAUCAGAAACAUAAUAAUGGUACACGUGGUGAUAUGGCAGACAAUUUUACAUUUGCAAGUUUUUUUCCAAAUGUUUUACAACCACCGAUAGCAGUUGUGAGUAAUACAAUACAUAGCUUUUUUGUACGCAUUGGAAUUUGUAAAAAGGUAGUCAGGAGAUUUGAUAUGUCUAAUGCUCCACCUGGUUUGAUUAUUAAUCUUCCUGGUAUUGAUCCCCAUGAUAGCGAAAGAAGAAGGCAAAUAGCGUUAAAAGCUUUAAGUGAGAGGUUGAGUAAGGAUCAUACAAAACCAUGGCAACCAGAUCGAGCUAAGAAACAUUCUCCAGUUCCUCCUGCAGUAUCAAUUCCAAUUCCUGAAUCUACUACCCCUAAACCUCUUGCAUCCCCUCUCAUUCCACAAGUUAGUGUUAACAUACAUAAUCAUACCUCUACUAAUACGUGAUUACAUCAGACAGACUGAUUUUACAAAGUAAAUGUAUAAAAAUAUGUUAAGAAACUUCUAAAGAAAAUGUUGAAAAUGGGACAACCACAUUUGUAAUAUGGCAAUAUUUAAUUGGGAAAAAAUUUUCGAUUGUAUAUAUGUAAAAUGUGACUGAGGUCGUCUGGAAAAUUAUUUUGAAGAAAAAAAACACCAAAACACUUAAAUUGCAUUGAGAAAACUCAGAUUUGUAAAUUAUCAAUUGUUAAAUCCAAAGAACAAAGUGCAAUACUCAAGCGGUUGCCUUGGUAUUCAUAGCUUUUAAUGUAUCCAUCCUUGAGAGCCAAUCCUUAAAAAUAUAAACAUCGAGUUAAUUUGUUCUUUGGAAUUAUCAAAAUAAAAAGUAAAAUGCUUAUUUGGUGUAGUUGUGAUAUUUUAAAGAAUAAAUUUUUGUUAACACUAUUUAAUUCUUAAUCCCAAUUAAUUACGUCAUAUUAUUAAUGAUACAGAAUAUACUCUUUAAAAGCUUCUUAAGCAAUAUAAAAGAUAUAACAGAAUCGAUUUUUCUAGUUUGUGAUGCUAUUUUCCAAGAAAUCGUGUUCUUUGUUACUAAGAACUAUAAACUUUAUGUAAUUAAAUACCAUCGGUGAAAAGAUACAUAAUUUAAAUGUUUUUAAUAAAGAUCCUAAAGGUUCUGAAAUGUUGCAUAAAUGCAAUAUUGUUCCGUCUUUAAUAUUGUUUAGUAAUAACUGGAAGAGAAAAAUGCAUUACUAAUAUUAAUGAAGAAAAUAUAGACUGGCUUCCAGUACAAUAUUGUAAAAUAAUUUUCUUAGUAACAAAUUUAAAUUAAAAAAAGUUAUUCUAUUAAUACGUUCUAGAAAAUAUUUUUUACCAUCAGAAUUCCAAUUAAAGAUUUUAUAUACUGUAAAAUAAUACACAACACAUAUACAGAGUCUGGCCGAAUAAUAUGUAAAAGAAAAAAUAAGAAAAAUACAUAGAAUAAAAUUCUUUUACUUACGGAUUAGUUGCCGAAUAAAUCAAGUUUGAAAAUCCGCUGUGACACACUCUGUUUGUGUGACUUGUCGUCGCGACAGCUAGACAAACACUAACCAUUCGAAUUAUAGCGCAUGUUUACAUUUGACGUGUCUGUUUUUAUAUAUUAUUCGGCCGAACCCUGUAUGUAUUAAAAUCGGAUACAAAUUCUCUCAUUUGAAAAUUUAUGCAUUUUUAAAGCAAAAAACUGUAAAAUGUAUUAAGAUAUAUUUUUGAAUUAUGAACAUUUUAAUUGAAUUUAUAAAUUUCUUCCACUAUGUUUACAGCAGUAAUAAUAUCUACAUGUAUAUCUGUAUCUAAGUAUGAUACAGAUUCAGAUUAUGUUUUAUUAAUAUCUAUAGUUUAUACAAAUUUAAACUAUUUAUUAAUACAUUUAAAGCACAUGUUAUUAAUUUAUUGUCAAUUUUAUUUUUUAAAAGUGCACAAACACAGUUAAUAUAGAUUUAGAUGCUUCUUAGAUACUGGCAUUUAAAAUAGUACUCAUUAUGUUGUACGUGAUGUAUUAUUUCUUGUACAUCUGAUUUUUUUUUUUUUCAUAAAUAACAUUUUUGUUCAAUUUAAAACAAUGCAAAAAUUAACUGCUGUGCCACAAACCCAUAUUACAGUUUUUUUUGCCAUGUAUUAAUAUUUUCAAACAAUUGUUGAAUAUCAAUUAUUGUAGCUUAGGUAUAAUUGUUUUAAAAAUAUAUAUAUAUAUAUAUACAAAGUUGAAUGGAAAAUAAUUCGUAUAAAUGUAUAACAACGUGGAUAAUAUUUGAUACAUCAAUAGGUUGUAAAUACAAGGAAUGAUGUAAACGUGAAGGGAGCAAGACACUAUUAAGGUACAGUGAUUAUAGAUAAAUACAUCGAUAUAGGUGUAACAAUGGAAUAAGAUUAAAAAUUAUUUUCAUGUAUAACACAGAAAUGUCUCUUGAGAAUGUAUGUAUAUUCAUAUUUUGGCCUUCCACUUAAAGAAUACUUUGAAACUUUUAUGUACUUUUAUUGUAAGACUUUUAGUCAAUUAACGUAUAUUUAUUAUUAUAAAUGUGACUAGAGCUGAAAAGUGAAAGGCCAGAAUUGAGUGCGUGAAUAAAUGAAUAUUUGUUAAUUUCACUAAAUACAUUCUAAGAAUCUAAUACUGUAAUAAUACACAUUAUGUACAUGUUAUAUAUAAUGAGUUUUGUACAUAUGUUAAAAUCGUUAUAGUCUGUACAAUAUUAAAUUCUACUGAAAAAAUA